AAAAUCAUAUUGAAAGGAGAAUCUAAAAAGAUAAAAAAAAAGAAAAAACCUAUGAAAAAAAGAUAGAAAUUCUCUUUUAAAAAAAGUGUCACUUCCUGUGUCUUUUUUUCUAUAAAAGGUUAUCAACGGGUGCAGAGUUCUUAAAAGAAAAUAUAUCUGAAUUUUAAAGCUUCUUUGAGUCAUCGCCAUCAUCGUUUGCAAAAAAAAAAAAAACGAAGAAAAUUUUCUUUUUAGCCGUCUCGUUGUCGUCGUCGUUGUCUUCUAUUCUUUUUGGGUGCUGCCACUGCCACCAUUUCAGUGUUUCCGGUGCUCAUAGAAAUCGUCUCCUGUGUUUCCUCCUCGCGCUAUUUUAAUAUUGUCCUUUUUCUUUACUGUCCUCGGAUUUAUCCUUUUUGAAGAAGUAGUUUUUUUUAGUUUAGAAAAAAAGGUCGAAAAGUUGUUGCUUCGCCUUUUUGAUUUGUUGGUGGGUUCGGGGAGAGAGGUGGUCGGCUCUAACUAACUAUAGUCAUAAUGGCAGAUCUCUUGCGUCUGGGCAAUAUCGAUGUAAUACAAAAAGAUAAGCUGGGAUCUCCGUCGACGGGAUCCGAAGACGGUGGAAUGGGCGGAUUAGGCGGAUUGGGUGGCUUGGGUGCUUUGGGUGGUGGUGUGGGUGCAGUGGCAGCCGGUGGACUCGAUUUGGCCGAUUUAGCUCACGAAUUGGAUCAAGAUGAGUUUGAUGGACCAAAUAUGUCAAAUGGUGAAAGACCGGCAAUCAUUGCACCACCGGAAAGUGAAUGGUAUCAUGGCCGAUUGGAUAGAUACUCGGCUGAAUCCCGAUUGAGGGGUACAGGCAAGUUGGGAAGCUAUUUAGUUCGAGAAAGUGACAGAAAACCAGGUUCCUAUGUACUCAGUUAUUUGGGCCGUACGGGUAUCAAUCAUUUUAGAAUUACAGCCGUUUGUGGUGACUUUUAUAUUGGUGGCAGACAAUUCAUUUCACUAAGUGAUCUUGUUGGCUAUUACACUUCAUGUAGUGAUCUUCUUAAACGCGAACGUCUUGUUAUACCGGUAGCUCCACCAGAACCAGUUAACGACAAGAAACGUGUUGUUGCCAUACUUCCAUAUACCAAAAUGCCCGACACAGAUGAAUUGAGUUUCCAAAAAGGCGAUAUUUUCUUUUUACACAACGACAUGGGUGACGGAUGGUUGUGGGUAACUGCUCAUCGUACUGGUGAGCAGGGAAUGAUUUUCAGAGAAUUGGUUGAUGAUUUAGAUGCUUCCAUUGAUCCCAAUACGGUUUUUCCAUGGUUUCAUCCAAAUUGUACUAAAAAUGAGGCUGUUGAUAUGUUAGUCAAAGCUGGCCCUGGUAGUUUCCUAGUCCGUCCGAGUGACAAUUCACCCGGUGACUAUUCCUUGUUCUUUCACAUCAACAAUCAGAUUCAAAGAUUUCGAAUUGAAAAGAAAGGUGUACGUUAUUUGAUGGGAGGACGAACUUUUGAAUGUUUAGAUGCGGUAAUUAAUCGGUAUCGCAAGGAACAAAUUGUUGAAGGACACACAUUGAAUCAUCCAGUGGUUAAUGGAAGUCAACCCGAAUUCAAUCAGCAAUUUGUUGUCGAAAAGGCAGCCGAAAAAAUCUAUGCUACAUUGCGUGAGUGUCGAGACCAAAUCGGUCUUAAGAAAAUCAAGGGAAUAAAGCAACAUGGUCAUUUGAAUAAGAAAUCCGACAAGACUGCCAAAUGGAAACAGCUCUACUUCGCUCUUAUCAUUGAAGGCUCUGAGACACAUCUUUGCUUUUAUGAUAAUCCGAAGAAAACCAAGCCAAAAGGAUUGAUUGAUUUGUCCUGUGCUUAUUUAUAUCAGUGCCAUGACUCACUCUGGGAGCGCCCGUAUUGCUUCCAGAUUGUUGAGAGAGCCCUGCCAUGUCUGGCCACGGUCACGUACUUGUGUUCUCCUAGUCAAGAAAGCUACGUCGAAUGGAUAAAUGCGUUGAAGGCGCAGUGUGGCUCGCAGCUAAGUCGAGCCCAGAAAAAGGUGCCGCGCUUGAGGGAGUUGCGUUGCCUGAAUUUACAUGUGCUCGAGGCACAUCGUCUGCCAUUUAAACUUGUGCCACAUCCUUAUUGUACGAUUUCGCUUAAUCAAGUGAAAGUUGGUAAGACUCGUGUCAAGAUUGCCCCCGAUCCAGUUUGGGAAGAGGAGUUUGUACUCGAUGAUGUACCGCCAGAUGUAGUUACUCUAACAAUUACACUACUCAGCCGUGGCAAACGUGGUAAAGACUCAGAAGUGGCUGAGCUAACAAUUGAUUUGGCGAGCCUGAAAAACGGCCAAGAAACAGAGGAAUGGUACCAACUCACAGGAAUGACUCCUAUGGGUGAAUGGGGAUCGCUUCGUCUCCGAAUGAGGUAUCUUGAUGAUUUGAUAAUGCCAUGCGAGGAAUAUAGUCCACUGCAACAAUUGUUACUCGAACCAGAGUUGUAUGCAGUAAAAGCACUCGCUGAACGUUGCCACAACGAUCGUGUGCCAUUGGCAACUUCACUGCUGCGCGUUUUCCGUCACGAAAAACGUGAAACUGAACUGAUACGGGUUUUGUGCCAAGCAGAGGUGGCCAGAGAGAACGAGACAACAACCUUGUUUCGGGGUGCAUCACUGGCUACUACUUUAAUGGAUCUCUACAUGCGAACCGAAUGCCAUGGCUUCUUACAAUCGGCUGUGUCGGAGACGGUACAGCGAAUACUCGAGAGCAAGCAGUCAGCCGAGCUGAAUCCGACAAAAAUGGAUGUUAACGAUGACGCAUGCUCGAAUGCAGAGUUCCUGCUUCAGAUUUUGGAUCUCGUUACCCAGUCGAUUUUUACAUCGCCGGAUGCAUGUCCACGAACAGUCCGAUAUAUUUGUAAUUGUCUGCAAAAGGCAGUGGUUACUAAGUGGCCAACGGAGCGUUUGGUGCGCACCAGGGUUGUGUCUGGGUUCAUAUUCCUGCGGCUAUUGUGUCCAUCAUUAUUAAAUCCGCGCCAAUUUGGUUUGGUGAAUGAGACACCAGCGACAGCGGCCACUCGCUCAUUAAUAAUGGUAGCUAAGUGUCUGCAAAAUUUAGCCAAUCUGAUUGAGUUCGGAGGAAAGGAGCCCUACAUGGAGGUUGUGAAUCCCUUCAUCCUUAAAAAUAAGGAACGCAUGAUUGUCUUUUUGGACCAAUUGUCAUCGGUAACCGAUCCAAAUCCACCACCAGGAAUGUUUAUUGAGCAAAAUAGCAACAACCUUUGCUCUGACACUGGUCGUGAAUUGGCAACGCUUCAUCACAUUUGCGUUUCCUAUUUGCCACAACUGCAGGAACUCUCAAGCAUUAUGUCGAUAAAAAAACUGGUCACUGUCACUGAUAUGCUGACGAAGCACAAACUCAAAUAUCGCGAAAUGAUAAGUUAAGCUAAAAGAAUUAUAAUAAGUUGUCUUCAAAACAAAAACAAAAAACAGAAAUCAGAAAAUCAGAGUAUUUUCUAUUUAGUAAGUAAAAAAAACAUGCUGCAUUUUUUUAUAAUUCAUGAAAUGGCAGUUAUAAAUUGUCAGCAUUUCUUUUCAAUUUAUUGUCCUUGUUCCAAACUUAUUCUUUGUGUGUUUUCGUAAAAAGGAAAAAAAAAUAUGAUAAUAUGUUAUCCAUUUAGUGAAACAAUACUCUCCUCCUUAUCGCUCUGUAAUACAAACAAAAUAAUAAAAAUUAUAAAAAAUGAAUGCAACAGCGCGACCUAGUCAAAGAAUGUAAAUCUUUAAAAUGAGUGUACAGUGUUGGAAAAAUUCACACGCACAAUAAGUAAAUUAAUCGCUAUUAUAUGAGUA